CUCCAGGGGCGGGCGGGGCAGCCAUGCUCCUGUCCGGGGGCGACCCUCCGGCGCAGGAAUGGUUCAUGGUGCAGACCAAAUCGAAGGCACGGGUGCAGCGACAGCGGCUGCAAGUGCAGCGCAUCUUCAGAGUCAAGCUGAACGCCUUUCAGAGCCGCCCGGACACCCCCUACUUCUGGCUGCAGCUCGAGGGGCCCCGGGAGAAUAUGAGCAAAGCCAAGGAGUAUCUGAAGGGCCUGUGUAGCCCCGAGCUGUGGAAGGAGGUUCGCUACCCACCGAUCCUGCAUUGCGCCUUCCUUGGGGCCCAGGGCCUCUUCCUUGACUGUCUCUGCUGGAAUACCCUGGCCUACCUGGUGCCUGGCCCCCCGGGCUCCCUUAUGGUGGGUGGGCUGACUGAGUCUUUCAUCAUGACCCAGAACUGGCUGGAGGAGCUGGUAGGACGGCUGCGCUGGGGCCCUGCCCCUCUCCUGACUCCCCGGGGGAUCUGGGAGGCUGAGGUGACCCGGGCCUUUGGGGCCCUGGUAUGGAUCCGUGGUGACCAGUACGCAGGGGACCUGCUACAGCUGCCCCUUGCAGUCCAGGAGCUGCUGCUGAGCCUGGUGCGGGAUGCUGCGGGCAAGGAGGACAUAAUCCAGUGGCUGGGCCGCAUUGGCAUCUCAGAUACCCUCUCUGACCCAGAGCGCCUGAUCUGCCCUCCCCACCAGCAGAAGGAAGGCCCAGCCAUGAUGUCUGUGGGGGAGAGUCCCGGGCCCUUGCUGGAGAUGGGGACCCUCCAGAAUGGGGGUCCAGAGGAUUCAAAGAGGUUAACGAGCCUGGGAGCCACUGGGCCCCUGGUCUCAGGCAUCCUUGGCCCUCAGGAGAUCUCAGCCCAGACCAAACAGCAGGAGGCAGCAAACCAGCUAGUACGGGUCGGUUCCAACAACCAAGGUGGUACGGACAAUGUGCGCGAGGAAAGGCCACUGCAAGCCACAAGCAGCCAGGACUCUGCGAACCACACACAAGCCUUGUUGCAGCAAAGGCAGGUCCAGAGGGUGGAAGAUAAACUCUCUUUUCAGCCUCCGGUAUCAGCCCUGAGCGUGUGCCCGCCCUGGAAGGCCUGGAGUCCAGGACCAGCCUUUGGGCCCUUGUGGCCGGGGGCUAUUGCUGCAACGUUCUGGAGGAUUAAUGAACUGCAUUCUCUCCACCUGGCGUGGCUCCUGUCCCAGGCGUGCUUCAACUUCCCCUUCUGGCAGAGGCCUUUAGGCCCCAUUCAGUUCAAGCUGCCAGGGCAGAACCCUUUGCCCUUAAAUCUGGAGUGGAAGCCUUUGCCCAGUGUGGAAAGCCCACCUUGUAGACCAGAUGGUGGGCUGGGAGGAAAGCUGGCCAUACAGAAUUGCCGGAGGCCAGAGACCCCCCAAAAAGUCAUGAGUUUAUUGGUGGUCCGAGGGGACUCAGGUGUAAAGGACAGAGUUAGCCCAGGACUGGCACAGAUAGGGCUACCUUCUACCUCUACACCUCAACUUCAAGCUAUAGGUGAGCCAGGGGAUCAAGGAAAUAUGCAACGGGAUUAUAAGGGGCCAAAAGAGGGACCCUUUCCAGUGGGACCCACAGGACAAAGGAUGCCCCCAGAUCAAGAGAGACCCCUGGCCAUGACAGCCCAGUCUGUACCUGUUGCUCAAACAGUGCCUGAAACUCUGCAAGUGCCCAUGGUGGCAGUGGUGCCUACAGCUCAGAAAACAGCCACAACUCAAAUGCUGCAUGCCGCCCCAAAAGUGCCCCCAGCUCAGAUGAUGCCGGCAGUCCACACAACACCUGCAGCUCACAAAGUGCCUUCAGCUCUGACAAAGCCAGCAGCUCAGGUGGUGCCCAUAGCUCAGAAAGCAGCCGUGGGUCAACCGGCACCCGCAACUCAAAUGGUGCCCACAACCCCUCAAACUCCCACAGCUCAAAAGAUGCCUGCAGUGAAAACAUCACCUGCAGGUCCCAAAAUGUCCAAAGCUCACACUGUACCUGCAGCUAAAACAGGGUCUUUAGCUUCCAAAAUACCUGCAGCCCCCAAAGCACCUGCAGUCCCCGAAAUACCUGCAGUUUCCAAAGCAUCCAGAGCUCCCAAAACACCAGCAGCUCAGAAGGCACCCCCGGGUUCAGGGCCGACCUUGGAUGUAGCCAAACUCCUGAGUGAGGUCCAGCCUUCAUCAAAGGGCAGUGCCACCUUCCCAAAGGGCCAGGGGGAGGCCAGAAGGCAGAGUUACCAGUCCAACAACACCCUGGUCCCCAGCAGUCAGCACUGUCCUCAGAUGGAGAGUCUCCCGGGGGCUUGGGAAGGGGCCCCGAGGCAACCGCCUUGCCACUCGCAGGGGAAUGGCACAGUGACCAGCUUCCAGAGGUACCACGAGGCCCUGAAUACACCCUUCGAGCUGAGCCUGUCGGGGGAACCUGGAGACCAGGGCUUGCGGCGAGUGGUCAUUGAUGGCAGUAGCGUGGCCAUGGUGCAUGGCCUCCAGCACUUCUUCUCCUGCCGUGGCAUUGCCAUGGCGGUGCAGUUCUUCUGGAACCGGGGACACCGAGAGGUCACUGUGUUUGUGCCCACCUGGCAGCUGAAGAAGAACCGGAGGGUGAGAGAAAGCCACUUUCUGACGAAGAUGCACUCCCUCAAGAUGCUUUCAAUCACCCCCUCCCAGCUCGAGAAUGGCAAGAAGAUUACCACUUACGAUUACAGGUUCAUGGUAAAGCUGGCAGAGGAGACAGAUGGCAUCAUCGUCACCAAUGAGCAGAUCCACAUCCUGAUGAAUAAACUUAUGGUUAAAGAUCGCCUGCUGCCCUUCACCUUUGCUGGGAAUCUCUUCAUGGUGCCAGAUGACCCCCUGGGCCGUGAUGGCCCCACCUUGGAUGAGUUUCUGAAGAAGCCAAACAGGUUGGACACCGACAUUGGCAACUUCCUGAAGAUGUGGAAGACUCUUCCUUCCAGCUCAGCCAGCAUCUCUGAGUUGAGUGAUGAUGCUGAUCCUGAGCCCCUGGAGAGUCUGCAGCAUGUAGAAGAAGUCAAGGUGGAGAAGGAGAGGCAGGAUGAGGAGCAGAGAGAGGGUCAGGGGAUGCAGAGACCGGCUGAAGAAGACGACCUUGACUCUUCCCUGGCAUCAGUGUUUGGAGUUGAGUGUCCCUCCCUGUCAGAGGAGAUCCUUCGGUGCCUCAGCCUUAAUGCCCCCCCUGACAGGGCUCUGGACAUUGAUCUUCUGCCUGUGUUUGCUUCUCCCUACCUGGGCAUCCCUUGGGAUGGGAAGGCUCCCUGCCAGCAGGUUCUGGCCCACCUGGCCCAGCUGACAGUCCCCAGCAACUUCACCGCACUCUCCUUCUUUGUGGGGUUCAUGGACUCCCACCGGGAUGUUGUCCCUGACUAUGAAGCCCUUGUGGGCCCAUUGCACAGCCUCCUCAAACAGAAGCCAGACUGGCAGUGGGGCAGGGAACACGAAAAGGCCUUCCUGGCCCUAAAGCGAGCCCUGGUAUCUGCCCUCUGCCUCAUGGCCCCCAACUCCCAGCUGCCCUUCAGCCUGGAGGUAAUGGUGAGCAAAGUAGCCCUGACAGCUAUCCUCUACCAGGAACAUUCAGGGAGGAAGCACCCCAUAGCCUAUACCUCGAAACCCCUCCUCCCUGACGAGGACAGUGAAGGCCCUCAGUCAGGGGGAGACAGCCCCUACGCGGUGGCCUGGGCCCUCAAGCAUUUUUCUCGUUGCAUUGGGGACUUCCCGGUGGUCCUGGAUCUUUCCUAUGCCUCCCGGACCACUGUAGACCCCAAGGCUAGGCAGGGCCAUAGGGUUUCCAAAGCAUGGUUGAUCCGAUGGUCCCUUUUGGUACAGGACAAAGGCAAGAGGGCCUUGGAAUUGACCCUUCUCCAGGGCCUGCUGGGGGAAAACCGACUUCUGACGCCUGCUGCCUCAAUGCCUCGUUUUUUCCAGGUUCUGCCUCCUUUUUCUGACUUGUCCACUUUUGUCUGCAUCCACAUGUCAGGCUACUGUUUUUACCGCGAGGAUGAGUGGUGUGCUGGCUUUGGCCUCUAUGUCCUGUCUCCCACCAGCCCCCCUGUCUCCCUUUCCUUCUCCUGUUCCCCUUACACGCCAACCUAUGCCCACCUGGCGGCCGUGGCCUGUGGGCUGGAGCGCUUUGGUCAGUCCAGCCUCCCUGUUGUUUUCCUCACCCACUGCAACUGGAUCUUUAGCCUCCUCUGGGAGCUCCUUCCCCUGUGGAGGGCUCGGGGCUUCCUCUCCUCUGAUGGGGCUCCGCUACCUCACCCAGACCUGUUCUCCUACAUUAUAUCCCUCACCUCUGGCCUCUCAUCACUCCCAUUUAUCUACCGAACCUCCUACCGCGGGUCCCUGUUUGCAGUGACAGUGGACACCCUGGCCAAACAGGGUGCCCAGGGAGGCGGGCAGUGGUGGAAUUUGCCAAAGGAGGCACCAGUCCCUGUAGUGUCUCCCCGUACCAAGGGCAAGAGGCCUGACCUGCUGGCAUUGCAGCUGAGUGAUAGCACCCUGGCAGAUAUCAUUGCCAAGCUGCAGGCUGGGCAGAAAUUAUCCAGCUCCUCACCCUUCGCUUCUGCCUUUAACUCCCUCAGCCUUGACAAGGAGAGUGGCCUGCUUAUGUUCAAGGGAGACAAGAGGCCCAAGGUCUGGGUUAUCCCAAGACAACUCCGGAGGGAUCUGAUUUUCUCUGUGCAUGACCUCCCCGUGGGGGCCCACCAGAGGCCAGAGGAGACCUACAAGAAGCUGCGGUUGCUGGGGUGGUGGCCUGGGAUGCAGGAGCAUGUGAGAGAGUACUGCAGGAGCUGCUUGUUCUGCAUCCCCAGGAAUCUUAUAGGCAGCGAGUUGAAGGCUAUUGAGUCCCUGUGGCCCAUCAGGUCGACUGCCCCCUGGUCAAACCUACAGAUCGAGGUGGUGGGUCCAGUCACCAUCAGUGAGGAAGGCCACAAGCAUGUGCUUAUUGUGGCUGACCCCAACACUAGGUGGGUGGAGGCAUUCCCACUGAAGCCCUACACGCACACGGCUGUAGCACAGGUGCUGCUGCAGCACGUGUUUGCCAGGUGGGGUGUUCCCAUGAGGCUAGAGGCAGCCCAGGGCUCCCAGUUUGCCCGGCAUGUCCUUGUGAGCUGUGGGCUGGCCCUGGGGGCCCAGGCAGCCUCCUUGAGUAGGGACCUUCAGUUCCCCUGCCUGAUGAGCUCGGGGGCCUACUGGGAAUUCAAGAGGGCCCUGAAGGAAUUCAUCUUCCUGCAUGGGAAGAAAUGGGCGGCUUCCCUGCCCUUGCUGCACCUGGCCUUCAGGGCCUCCUCCACUGAGGCCACACCAUUCCAGAUCCUGACAGGGGGUGAGGUGAAGCUGACCGAGCCCCUCUGGUGGGAGAUGAGCAGUGCCAAUAUUGAAGGGCUCAAAAUGGAUGUCUUCCUGCUCCAGCUGAUUGGGGAACUGCUGGAGCUCCACUGGAGGGUGGCCGACAAGGCAUCUGAGAAGGUGGAGAACAGGCGUUUUAAGCGGGAGAGCCAGGAGAAGGAGUGGAAUGUGGGUGACCAGGUCCUGUUGCUGUCCCUCCCCAGGAAUGGCAGCAGUGCCAAAUGGGUAGGGCCCUUCUAUAUUGGGGACCGGCUGAGCCUGUCUCUCUAUAGGGUGUGGGGCUUCCCGACCCCGGAGAAGCUGGGCUGCAUCUAUCCCAGCAGUCUGAUGAAGGCCUUUGCCAAGAGUGGCACUCCCCUCUCCUUCAAGGCAUUGGAGCAAUGAGCGGGAGCAUGGGGGAGCCCCCUCUGCCCCAGGGCUCCUGGGGGUCUGCUGCUAGGCCUCCCUUGCCCCCAGCAGUGCUCUCAUACUUGGGGGCCCUCAGUUGUGCCUUUUGUAGAGAAGUUGCUUCAUAAAGCUUUGUUGAAUUGCAUUGAACUAGGGACCAGUGUCCCUAUGGAAAUACCUCCAGUUUGAGAUAUUCAGAGAAUCUGCCAAAGGCUAUCAGAUAUGGGCCUCUGGCAGGUUUAGCCUAGGGAGUAGAAAGUCCCUUUACCAAGCUAGGCCAAGCUCAGCGUCUUUUCCCUAAGUAUCCCCUUUUCCCUGUCACAUGCAGGUGUGCUUGGGUACACACAUAUACACCCCAGAAUCUUAACUUCUGGCUAUCUUAGCCAUGAAACAGUGUGGCCCUGUGUCCACUGAAAUGGAACCGUAUUUUUCUCUUAAACAGAAAUCUUGAAUGUGGGCUCCUCCCUUCAACCUCUUCACUAGGGACCUUUGCCCUUGGAGCUGUCACA